GGAAACUAAAAAGAAACUUGAUAUUUAAAAGGCAGCAAACUGGAAAAAUACCACUUGGCAUUGGAUCGGCACUUCAUAAGAUGAACAUCACACACCACCAUGGCAUGCACCAGCCUCUGCGCUUCUGGAACCACAGCUAUGGAUUGCAUGGUGGUGCCAAUGAGUCAAGUGGAAAAGGUUACUCCUCUGGGGGGUGCUAUGAGCAACUUUUUGUGGCCCCGGAAGUGUUUGUGACUCUGGGCUUCAUAAGUUUAUUGGAGAACAUUUUGGUCAUUGUGGCAAUAGCCAAGAACAAGAAUCUGCAUUCACCAAUGUACUUUUUCAUCUGUAGUCUGGCAGUGGCUGAUAUGCUAGUGAGUCUGUCAAAUGGAUCAGAAACCAUUGUAAUCACUCUGUUAAACAAUACAGACACUGGUGCACAAAGUUUCACCGUAAGCAUUGACAAUGUCAUUGACUCGGUGAUUUGCAGUUCCUUACUUGCAUCCAUUUGCAGCCUGCUUUCAAUAGCUGUGGACAGGUAUUUUACGAUCUUUUAUGCUCUCCAGUACCAUAACAUUAUGACAGUGAAACGUGUAGGGAUAAUCAUAACAUGCAUCUGGGCUGCUUGCACGGUUUCAGGCAUUUUGUUCAUCAUUUACUCAGACAGCAGCGUUGUCAUCAUCUGUCUUAUCAGCAUGUUCUUCACCAUGCUAGUUCUCAUGGCCUCCCUCUAUGUCCACAUGUUCAUGCUGGCCCGACUGCAUAUAAAAAAGAUUGCAGUUCUUCCAGGGACGGGCACCAUUCGUCAAGGUGCCAACAUGAAGGGGGCCAUCACUUUGACCAUCUUGAUAGGGGUUUUUGUUGUAUGCUGGGCCCCAUUUUUCCUCCACUUGAUUUUCUACAUCUCCUGCCCCCACAACCCAUAUUGUGUGUGUUUCAUGUCCCACUUUAACUUGUACCUCAUUCUCAUCAUGUGCAAUUCCAUCAUUGAUCCCCUUAUCUAUGCAUUCCGGAGUCAAGAGCUCAGGAAAACCUUCAAGGAGAUCAUUUGCUGCUGUUGCCUUCGAGGGCUUUGUGACUUGUCUAACAAAUAUUAA